GAGCGAGAGCGAGAGCCAGAGACAGAGAGCGAGAGCGAGAGCGAGAGCGAGAGCGCGAGAGCGCGAGAGCGCGAGAGAGCGAGAGAGCGAGAGAGCGAGAGAGCGAGAGAGCGAGAG